AUGCCUGCGGAGGGUGUGUUGCCGUACGAUUUGGUGGAUAUGGCGGCGAAUCGUUGGCGUAAGUUGUGGCAGGCUAAUUUGGGUGGUCGGAGUAGGUUACAGCCGUUGAUAUUGCCGGAUGAGAUGGUGGAUGUGAUGGAAGUGGAGGAGUCAAAGGCGCAGGCAACGAACCGUGAGGAUGUGGCGUUGUUGACGUUGUUGAACUUGCUGGAGGGUGAGCUACAUGCAAAGAACUCGGAGUGGGAGGCGGGUCAGGGAGAUCGAUUGCUGGGUUGCAUGGCGUAUGCCCGUCAGGUGUGUCAGAAUCAGUCGGAGAAGAGGCUGCGGCGACUGGAAGACACGCAGGAAAUGUUGGUCAAAAGUGUGCAUGUGCUCGCUAAGGACGUGGUCACCAAAGCCUGGCAACCACAGGCGAUUCCGCGCGCAGUGGUAGCAAGCGUGAAAGCCAGUUUCACCAAGGUGGUCGCUCAGAUAGAGAGUCUUCUCGAAGUACUUCCCCUCGAACACUUCGCGAUCGUGCCCCAGAUAGUGGACAGGAUGUUAGGAGACGCACUGGUACUGGACCUAGAUCGGCAACGUCAGUACCCGAUACUGAAGGCGGUAAUGGGGUAUUUGUUUCGUGAACUGUUUUCGGCGGAAGUGGACAACGGCGAAUAUCAGGGCAACAACCGGCAAUUGACCACGGUGAUAGUUCUUAAGCCGACGGCACACUUCGACGGGCUGGCAUCCUAUGUGUACAAGAUGAGUAGUCUCGCGGGUCGCGAUGAACCGUCGCGCAAAGAGUUGGGUGAGAUUGGACGCCGCGAGAUGCUUAAUUUGUACGCAGGUGUAUGCGCAAUUGCCGGCCAACUUUUUGACCGUGAGGCGCUCUUGAAGAUGCCCCACUAUCUGACCCAGCAGGAUAUCGGAGACCUCGACAAGGGCCGCAGACUUGACACUUUCGAGGUGGGCGAAGUGCCUGCUAACCCCUUCGAGGUACCCGGUGCCGUGGUCUCACACCACUGCCCACCACUCUGGUAUGACAUGCUCAACAAGCAGUUCUUCCCGUGGCUCUUCGAAAUGAUCCAAGAGGCACCUCCCUACAAGCCCGCCACCUCCGCCAAACAAUUGAAACCACCUACCCCGCGUACCAUUGCUCAUCACAACCCCUUCACCGAUAUCAAAAGAACUACAUGGACCAAGCUCGAGGCUCCUAUCGUUGAAAGCGCUCAAGGGGAGUACUGCUUCCCUUUCCUCGGAUACCUUACAGACGGAGGCUCUGAAAACGCGCAGGCAGGCGUAACCGUGCGCGGCAACACAUGGGCCAACGCCAGUGGAUUCCGGAGCAGCACCAACAGCACCGGUAGCACGAUGAGUGGGAUCAGCACUGACAGUGCCGGUUUCACUUCAACCUGGGGCAGCAGUGUCAGUCUGACUGCACCUGAGUCAGAGGUGGCUGGGCUUGAGGUUGCUAAGGUCGAACCUGAGCCCCCCAAGCUGAUGGAGCAGCCCAUGGACCUGGCCUACCUGGCGAGCGGAAGACGAGUGGACUUCCAAGAACUCACCAACAACCUUGAAUGCUGGGACAAUCUACUGUACCGUGUGCCGGUCUCGCAGCACAUCUCCGAAAGACCGCAGGCCACCCCACAAAUGAUCCGGAAACUCAGCACCUCUUCCAGCCGUCGAACCACGCCUCAAUUGACACGAAAAUUCAGCACCUCAAGUCGAACACAGGACGACUUUGAGAACGGUUUUGAGACCCGCACCACCCGCAAAGUCACCAUCCGACGCACCUCCACGACUAACGGUGGCAUUACCGCCAGCGAGACCACCUCCACUACCACCACCAGCACCGAGCAUCAUGACGACCCCCUCGUACCCUGGCAAUCCUGCCUCGGACGCAUAGAAUACCCCUUCAUACCCUCGAUCACCCAUCCGUGA